AUGGAGCGCCCGCGCCUGGAGGCGCAGUGCUACCGAAACGGGGACUGCCACCCCGGACGCCUCCUCGGGGGCUUGAGCGAGCUGGCGGCUGGCAGCAACCCCUGCGAGAUCCGGAAGCCGGCGGCGAAGCUCCCGCGCCCGCCGUCGGACAAAGGCAGCUGGGCCCGGGAAGGCGAGGAGCGGGAAGAGAGGGACGGGCUGCCUGCCCUGGAGGAUGCGUACACCUCCAUCCUGGAGGGCCUGGGCGAGGACCCGACCCGGGAAGGGCUGCUGCUCACGCCCCGUCGGGCCGCCAAGGCCAUGCAGUUCCUCACCAAGGGCUACCGCGAAACCGUCGGAGGUGAGAUGCCCGCCCGCCUUUCUUUCUUUUCUCGUUUCUUUUCUCGCAAACAGCCGCCAAUGGUCUGGUUGCACCUUAAAGGCUUCGUAUAUUUAUUAAGUCGUAAGCCUUCGUGGGCUAGAUCAGCUGCGUAAAUAUAAGUGCCUCUCCUCGUUUCCUCUUUUGAAGACCUGCUAAAAUCACUUCUGUUCCGUCGGGAACAAUUCAGAAUACUGUACACGUUCCCACAAUUUUCUGAUUUUAAAAAUGCAGGCAAUUAAGAAUUCACCUUCCCAUAAUGUCUUUAUUUUAAAACUUUUUAUGUUUUUACUGUAUGCCUUUUGUUAUUAUUUUUAUUUUAUUUACAAUUGUAAAGAAAAUAUUGCACAUUUUUAUUAUAUACCGUAGCUUUGUUGUAAACCACUCUGGUGUUUUUAAAAAAAUGAAUUGCCAUAUAAAAAUAUUUUAAAUGAACAAAUAAAUAUUACUAUAUUAUAUUUCUUACCCACCUUUUGUGAGGUGUUGGGGCAGAUUACAGUAAUUUUAAAACGCGGUAUUGAAAUCAGUUAAAACAAAUUGCAAUCCAGGGAAUAGGAUGGGCCCUAAAAAUAAUCUGCAAGCUGCUGAUAUAUUCAUAAAAUCAUAGAAUUUUAGAGUUGCAAGGGACCCAAAGAUGCUGGGGUCAUCUAGCCCAGCCCUCUGCAAUGUAGGAAUAUUUUGCUCAAAGUGGGGCUCAAACUCACAAGCUUGAGAUUAGGAGUCUCAUGCUCUACCAACUGAGCUAAAGGCAUUUUCUUUUGUAUUGGCAAUGAACAAUCUGGUCAUCACUUUAUUAAGUAUAUCCAGUAUUGUUCCUCCUCUUGGAAGACUGCGUCUGUGUGAUCUCUUUCGCAUGCCUUUCUUUCUUUUAAAAAGUGGGUUUUCGCAAUUAGUCAGCAGCAAUUCUCAUCCUGCCUCACCAUUGAUCAUGCUUGGAGCUGUUGUGUUUUUUAAAAAUAAAUUUAAAAAAAGAUUUUAUACAUGCAUGAGAAUAGUAAGGUAAAGGGACCCCUGACCAUUAGGUCCAGUCGUGACCGACUCUGGGGUUGCGGCGCUCAUCUCGCUUUAUUGGCCGAGGGAGCCAGCGUACAGCUUCCGGGUCAUGUGGCCAGCAUGACUAAGCCACUUCUGGCGAACCAGAGCAGUGCACGGAAACGCCGUUUACCUUCCCGCCGGAGUGGUACUUAUUUAUCUACUUGCACUUUGAUGUGCUUUUGAACUGCUAGGUUGACAGGAGGAGGGACCGAGCAACGGGAGCUCACCCCGUCGUGGGGAUUCGAACCACCAACCUUCUGAUAGACAAGCCCUAGGCUCUGUGGUUUAACCCACAGCACCACCCGCGUCCCUAUGCAUGAGAAUAGGUAACCAUAAAUUGUUUAAUAAUAGGCCUGACCUGGAAAUACUGAAAUAUCAGCAAGCCUGUAAUGCUAUACUGAGCUGCUUGGGAUGGAUUUUACUUAUAUGCUGCUUUUCUGCAGCAAACUUGUGCCCAAACUGACUUAAAGCAAACAUUCAGAGACCUCGAAAUAGAGAACACUUGGAAAUCAAAUUAUACAAAAUACGGAACGUAUCAGUAAAUUCACAAAUAACAAAAAUCAACAAUAAAAAAAUUAUAAACAUUCACAUUCUCUCCGCCUGAGCUGACACACUUUAUAUCUCUUUAUUCUUUACUGCCAACCCAUGAGGGACCUAGCAAAUAUACAGACUUUUGCCGUUUUCAUUUCGGGCCACAUUAAUCUCUGGCUAUAACAAUCAGCUCCUUGGUUCUUGCUUAGCAAUCCUCUUAAACUUUGUUCCAGGGUUACUGGAUUAUUUCUAUAAUGUCGCCAUUCAACACUAUCUGGGAAUUGAGGGUAUGUGUGUGUGUAUGAAUGAAUAAGGUUUAUAACUCAGUAAGCGUUGAAAGUUUACUUGCAUUUGUUUUACAGUGAUGUGCAACUUUGAACACACAUAUACAAUUCUCGUUUCAAGGGAUAAGACUUCUUGUAGAACGUGGCUGAGGACCCUGAAGCGGGAGCCCCGAUCCUACAUGAGCAUUGCUCACGCCCCAUACUAGUGGUUCAGUGGGAUAUGGGGUACCACUUUGACUAAAAUAGCUCCCAUCCCCAAGGCAGAACCCCAGAAUCUGAAGACACCAUGCCAGCUGAAAACUAAAAAUGUGACAGUGGCACUUAGCAAUUUCCUUGCUGAGGACCAGGUUAUAGAGGUAACUCGGGUUACAAAAGCUUCGGGUUACGUGUUUUCAGGUUGCAGACCGCGGGAAACUUGGAAAUACCGGAAAGAGUUACUUCCGGGUUUCACCGCUCGCGCAUGCGCAGAAAUGCCAAAUCGCGUCACACGCGUGCACAGACGCAGCAUUGCAAGUUACGAACGCUACGGGUUGUGGACGUGCCUCUGUCACGGAUUACAUCCACAACCCGAGGUUCCACUGUACUUUAGGGACUGUCUUUACCCAUCUAAACCUACCUGGGCCCUGAAGGAGGCCUUGCUCUUUUAGCUCAUUCUCACUGGAAAUGUGAUUGGCAGGUACAGUGGUACCUCGGGUUAAGAACUUAAUUCGUUCUGGAGGUCCGUUCUUAACCUGAAACUGUUCUUAACCUGAGGUACCACUUUAGCUAAUGGGGCCUCCUGCCGCCGUCGUGCUGCUGCCACGCGAUUUCUGUUUUCCUCCUGAAGCAAAGUUCUUAACCUGAGGUACUAUUUCUGUGUUAGUGGAGUCUGUAACCUGAAGCGUCUGUAACCUGAAGUGUUUGUAACCUGAAGCAUCUGUAACCCGAGGUACCACUGUACUAGGAACAGGGCCUUUUCAGUAAUGGUGCCUGGAGAAAUAAUCUCCCACUUGUUGACAGGUUUUAUUUGGGUCACGAAGAGUCGGACAUGACUCAACAACAACAACAACAACAACAACUGUUUUAUGCUCUUUCUAGUGCCACUGAUAGCUUUUAAAUGCAUUUUUAGAUUCAUUUUUACUGGUUUUUAAUACAUUGGUUUUCAUCGUUUUGAUGUUUAGAACACUUUUGUGGAAAUGUGGCAUGAAAAGAAAUUGAAAUGAAUGGAAGAGAGAACAUUUUUACAGUUCGCUGUAGCACGUGGCCGCUAGAAAUGUGAAAUAUAUUAUCUAGUUUGACCUAAACAUUCAUGGUCUGUUACUUGUGGGGUAUUUAAAAUGCAAUGAACAAUUCAUGUUUUGCUAGAUAUGCGCAUAAUAGGAGCUGAAGCUCCUAUUUUGAGUUUCCCUGUAAGUUUGCUAGAAAGAACUCUGUGAGAGACACUCCUACUGUGCCCUGACAGAGGAAGGGCAUAUCUGUGUACACACACACACACACACACACACACACUUACUUACCUGCCUGGGCACAGCCUCUCUUUUCUCUCUCUUCUUCAUCUCUUCAUCAGCAAGCCAGAAAUGAGAGAACAUCUGCUAAGUCUAAGCUCCAAUGCCCAGACACCAUUUCAAACUAGACUAAAGCACAUCUUUGUAGCUGAAUUACUAUUUUAAGCCGGCCUGAACAAAGCUGUUAUCUCUGUUACUCUGUUCUGAGUGAGCAAAUGUUAUUUUUCACCUCUUUACAAGACUGUGUGAUUAUUGUUUUAAGGGGGAGAAAUGAGGAAAAUACCAGGAGAAUCCAGUCUGCCUUAAAGCACGCAGGAUUCCUUAAACUAAAAGGCUAAAACUAACCUAUCUGUUAGGAAAACAUUCUUUAAGAAACAGAUAAAAGUUCCUGCAAGCUUUAAAGAGGGUUCCAGAUUUUUACUUUAGGGUGUAGGAAUGGCACUCCAGGCUUGAUUGGUGUCAGCUGGAGGUGCAAAUAAAGGGAGGAAGUUGCAGGGUGCAAUUUCCGCACGAGGAAAGCACACACACACACACUGUCAGCACACAUGCUAACAACAAGGCUGGGAGUAAGACAGUGGGUGCUGCUGAUAACUGAGUUUUGCUGUGUCAGGAUUGUUAAUUACUGGACUGAGAUUAUAUCGUGCUGGAGAGAUAAAGAAAGAAUGUACAGUGGUACCUUGGGUUACAUACGUUUCAGGUUACAGACUCCGCUAACCCAGAAAUAGUGCUUCAGGUUAAGAACUUUGCUUCAGGAUGAGAACAGAAAUCGUGCUCCCGCGGCGCGGCAGCAGCAGGAGGCCCCAUUAGCUAAGUGGUGCUUCAGGUUAAGAACAGAUUCAGGUUAAAAAUGGACCUCCGGAAUGAAUUAAGUACUUAACCUGAGGUACCAGUGUAAAUAGCUUGUAUAUAAUAGUAACAGAAAUGCUUGUGCAACCAGUCAAACAAUAAAGAAGCUAUUGACUGUGAAUUUGAGUAUGACUCUCGUUCUUGUCCUCUGCCUCUGGGGAAAACUCUGCUACAAUCAGUAAGAAGUGGUUUUACCAAGGUGCCACCACACAAGCAGAAAAGCGCAGUGGAAGUGUGUGGGCGGUAACCUCUAAUACUAAGCUCCCCUUUUAAGCUGGCAAAUGGGUGGCACCCUGCUGAACUCACAAACGUGAGGAAGGAAGGAUAAUAUCUAAUAAAUAUAUCCUCUCCUAGCAUCUAUCCACAUCCCAAUAUUACUAAUUAUUCUUUAUUCAAGGCCUGAACUGGUAGAUGGAACAAAGUGCACUUGUCCGCUGUUCCGUGAAAAGCUUCUGUUUUGUCUUUUCAGACAUACUCAACGAUGCAGUUUUCGAUGAGGACCAUGACGAGAUGGUGAUCGUGAAGGACAUUGAUAUGUUUUCCCUCUGUGAACAUCACUUGGUACCUUUCUUCGGCAAGGUACUGGUUACCUGAAACGCUUUGUGGUCUAAACCAGUGUUGGCCCCCUGCUGGAGUGGCUGGGGAAACCCAGCCACAUGGGCGGGGUAUAAAUAAUAAAUUAUUAUUAUUAUUAUUAUUAUUAUUAUUAUUAUUAUUAUUAUUUAGCCUGAGUUGCCUUCACAGGUGUGUGCUGGAUUCUCCCCAGCCAAGUUGCAUGAGACGGAAGAUUCUGCCGUCCACACUGCACAUUGCCCAACCUUUGCAGACAUAUCCAGGAAUCUGUGUUUUACAUGCAAAGGGCUCAAUGCCUGCCAUUUCCCCUGACCGCUGGGAAAGAUUCCUGGCUGAAACCCUGCUGUCGGCCGGUGUGAAAUAGGAACAAGAAAUCUGUGCUGCAAAGCCUUUUGCAGUGGCUUUCCAGCCCCCGCCUUUCUCCCCAUUCGACUGAGCUUUAAACCUCUCCGCCAAAUUUGGCAGUGUGAUGCAGGCGAGCGUGACGUGUGCUUGCGUCUUUGUGAGAGUGGCGUGUGCCUCUGUGUGUGUGUGUGUGUCAAAGAGAGGAGAGUGUGUGCCUUGGUCCUGUAUACCUGAAAGAGUAUCUCCACCCCCAUCGUCCAGCCCAGACACUGAGAUCCAGCGCCGAGGGCCUUCUGGCGGUUCCCUCAUUGCGAGAAGUGAGGUUACAGGGAACCAGGCAGAGGGCCUUCUCAGUAGUGGCGCCCACCCUGUGGAACACCCUCCCUUCAGACGUGAAGGAAAUAAGCAGUUAUCCUAUCUUUGAAAGACAUCUGAAGGCAGCCCUGUUUAGGGAAGUUUUUAAUAUUUAAUGCUGUACUGUUUUUAACAUUUGAUUGGGAGCCGCCCAGAGUGGCUGGGGAGACUCAGCCAGAUGGGUGGGGUAUAAAUAAUAAAUUAUUAUUAUUAUUAUUAUUAUUAUUAUUUCCUUGAUGUUUUGCGGCACGCAUGUGUGGCGAGUAUCUGUUUGUUGUGUGUGUGCAUUCAUGUGUAUUCAUUUUGCUUGUGGUGCGCGUGCAUUCACGGCAAGCACACUGCCCACGCAUGUGGGUUUGGUGGUCACUUGGAUCACCAUUCGCAAAGGCUUGGCCAGCAUUGAAUACGGCCUUGGUGUCCAAAAGAGUUAGUCCUUUGGCAGAUCAUACUGACUGAACUGGAUAGGCAAGUAGCAGCUUCCUAGAUCCCUAAGAAUUCUCUGUGGCUCAGAGUUCUUUGGGUGAUCUUUAGUUUGCACUCCGUCAGGCAGCAGAGGAACCAGCCCCCACGGCAGGCUGCCAGGAAUGGACAAGACAAGGGAAAGUCCUUACCAUCUGCUUUUAUUCAGUAUUCACAGAGAGAGGCUUAGAAACUCAUCGACUUGGAGCAAUGGCGUUGCUCCGAGUCAAACCCCACCCCCUCCGUCUCUCCCAUUAUGCGUCAUCACUACGGUGGCUGAGCUGUGCCUUCUGCCUCUGAGCUUUCUGCUCUCCUACUUUCAAUGCCUGCCAGGUUCUGGGAGGGGGGGGUCUGGAAUGCUUUCUAAAGACAUUUGAGUCCAUCAGUUGUUCCCCCCUCUGGUUCUGCUUCCUCCUCCUCUCCCAUUAUUUGAAGAAGAAGAAGAGUUUGGAUUUCAUAUCCUGCUUUAUCACUACCCAAAGGAGUCUCAAAGCGGCUAACGUUCUCCUCUCCCUUCUUCCCCCACAACAAACACUCUGUGAGGUGAGUGGGGCUAGAGACUUCAGAGAAGUGUGACGAGCCCAAGGUCACCCAGCAGUUGCAUGUGGAGGAGCGGGGAAGCGAACCCGGUUCACCAGAUUACGAGACUACCGCUCUUAACCACUACACCACACUGGCUCUUUCCCCUCAUCUGCCUCUCCCUCAAACCCUGUUGUAAUUCUGAACUGUCUCCUUCUUCUCUGGAAGGGUCAGUCUGGGGAGGUGGUCUCUACCAUUCCUCCUCUGCCCAGUCCCUGACAUACUGCUGUGUUGAACUACAAACAUGGUAUAUUUUUUAUUUACCAAAGAAACCCUCUUCCCUACUCCCUGUUAGAUGUGCUAUCCUGCUUUUAUUUUAAGGGGAUGACACAGGGGUGUAUCGCUGUCUGCCAGCGCCUGGGGCGGAUGCUCCUGUACUGGGCAGGACGAAGAGGGUCUCUUCACCCUCCGCAAUCACCCAGCCCUCACUGCCAGGUGACAGGGGUCUCUGUGGGGGGUGCCUGUUUUGUGUGUCUCUCCCCCCCCCCCGGCAUCCUGCACGUUAUGCCACUGGGAUAACGUUUGCUUCUAAGCCACCGGUUCUCAACCUGUGGGUCCCCAGAUGUUGUUGGACUACAAUUCCCAUCAUCCCCGAGCUCUGGCCUUGCUAGCUAGGGAUGAUGGGAGUUGUAGUCCAACAACAUCUGGGGCCCCACAGGUUGAGAACCGUUGUAUCUAAGCCAAUAGCACUGAAGACUUGUGAGUUUGAAUCAUUGACAGAGAUUUGGGGGAAGUAUCCUCAAUUGCUUUGGGGAAGAGGGUUGUUUUGAUUUUACUUGCCCUUGGCAGUCAGAUCAGACAGGCCGCUGUAACGCGGACCAUCAAGGCAAAUCCACAAAUCCCUUUGGAACAAAUUGUGCAUUAGCAAGAUUUCAGAAUCGCAGUGUUAGUGACUAGAGCAGGGAGUGUGUUGGAGAAACCUAUUCCCAGCAACAUAACUGGUGUGUUGCGGUGGGGAUAGACUCCAAUUGUGAAUCCAGUAUUAACCAUUCUUCCCUCUCUGUUUGAAUCUGCAGGUGCACAUUGGAUACUUACCGAGGAAGAAAGUGGUUGGCUUAAGCAAACUUGCAAGGUUCUUAUUAUUCAACUUAUGUUCUUGUCUGUUUUAUGGAAUUCACCGGUGCAACGUGUACUGAUGGCCGCUGUCUCAGAUGGCUUUGAAAGGGAAUUAAGACAAAUUUGGGGAGGAGAGGUUGUGCCAGUGGCUCUUAGCCAGCAUGGCCAUUCACAACCUCCAGGUUCAGUAGCAGCUUAUCACUGAAUAAGACUUGCUGGAGAGCAAUAAGAAGAAAUCAUUGUCUUGCUCACUGUGGGGAAAUGGGGUGUUGCACCCGGUGGACCAACCUGCUGUCUCUGUGGCGCAAUGGGCCACUGCGUCCGGCUGUUAAUCAGAAGGUUGGUGGUUCGAGCCCACCCAGGGAUGGCUGUGGGCAGGAUUUCUGCAUUCCAGGGGGUUAAACUACAUGACCCUUGGGAUCCCUUCCAACUCGACCUUGUGUCUGAUCCAUCAUGACUCUUCUUAGGUUUUUGAAGCAUGCAUCAGUGUACACUUAUGUGCAUUUUGUGUGUAUGUGAAAUUAGAAGUUACAUGCGAUCUGGGAUGUUAACACUGAUAAGUGAGAUGAUUCAUUUAUUGGCCACAGGUGCCUCCUAAACUGCUGAGCUCAGGACCACACACACGGGGGUUAUCCCUUUUCUUCUUUCGUUUUUGCAACAGUCCAGUGAUGCAGAUUGAAUCGGACUCUGCUGCCUUGUCCAGGCGGUAUGAGGACAUGCACCCUCUGCUGCGGGAGGCCAGUGGCUGGGAAACACAAGUAGCCAAACAAACCCCUGUGUUGCAAAGAGAAUGUCAACAAUGUCUAGGCAACACGAUGACCAUAUACAUGCGUAAUAGACAAUCUUUAUAGAAUUCCUUCAAAUCACAAAAAGUUCAAAAUGAAAUCUUUAGUCUCAAAGUCUCUGAAAACCUUUAAAUGAAGCGAGGUACCAAACUUUGUACGCUGGAAGACAAGCUGUGAAGCUUUGUGUAUUCAACAGUGAUGUCCAACACUGAACGGUAAUUCCGGAUAUUGACUACUGUUUCAUAGAAUUCUUCAUCAGCGCGGUGGGUGGAUAUAGAAUGCUUCAUAAACCCAUCUUAUUUCGAAUGAAUGUAUAUAAAUGAUAAUAUCAAAUUCUGUGGAACAGUGCUCAUGUAAUAAUGUAGUCACUGCAUUAUUUGAACCUUUUAUGAUUUUAAAGAUUGUCUAUUUCGUAUGUAUAUGGUCAUCGUGUUGCCUAGACAUUGUUGAGGGAAACACAAGUAGGCAGAGAGCUGUUGCACUCUGGGUCCUGAUGGCAGGCUUCCCAGAGGCACCUGAGAGCUGAACUAGAUGGGUCUUUGACUUGAUCCAGCAGGGCUUUUCUUAAGUUCCUACAUAUUAUUGUUCUGAGGAAUUCUGGGGACCGCAAAUGGCAGUCUCCAGUUGGGAGAAGCUGAUGUGUUUUGAUCCUGCCCCACCCUCAAGAAGAGCGAUUACCUCAUGUCUUUAUUUGAAAGCAUGAGUACAGUUGGACCUUGGAAGUCGAAUGGAAUCCAUUCCGGAAGUCCGUUCGACUUCCAAAACAUUCAAAAACCAAAUCGCUGCUUCUGAUUGGCUGCAGGAAGCUCCUGCAGCCAAUCAGAAGCCCCGUUGGACGUUUGGGUUUGCCGUGUUCAGGAGCCAAAAUGUCUGAGUUCCAGGGCGUUCGGGAUUCAAGGCACAACUGUACUCCAAAGGUAAAACCUUGACAACUGUAGCCUGAGAGUGAGUCUUGCUUCUUCCUGUUUUGCAUUCCAUUUGUUCGUCUGUUUCUUGACACCAUGCCAUUUAUUUUCUCUCACCAUUAUCUUUUCUCCCUCCAGAAUCGUUGAAAUAUUCAGCCGAAGGCUUCAAGGUUUGUAUCCUUUCUGCAAUAUGCAGCUCUGCCUUCUUGCUAACUCCCCUAUGUUCCUCUAAUGCCACCCCUAGGAGUCACUGUAGGGCACGAGUGGCUAACCUGUGGCCAUCUUGAGCAGGGAUUCCCAAACUUGGGUCUUCAGCUGUUUUGGACUACACUUCCCAUCAUCCCUGACCACUGGUCCUGCUAGGUAGGGAGUUGUAGUCCAACAAAAGCAGAAGACCCAAGUUUGGGAAACCCUGAUCUAGACCUUCCUGAACUACAACUCCCAGACUGUUGGCCAUGCUAGCUGGGGCUGUUGGGAGUUGGUGUCUGACACCACCUGGAGGGGCAGAAGCUAGGCACCCCUUCUCAGUGUGCUGUGAGAAAUAAAAUUACUUUAAGAAUCCUGCGGGCCUCUGGAUAUUGUGGAAUUCCAAAUCCCAUCAGCCUUAUUAUCCAGUAUAGCCAAUGGUAAGUGUCAGUGUUAGAAAAGGGAAAAGGUUCUGACCUCCUUUUUACUCCUUUGCCUAAUCCUCAGACUUUAGUUGGCACAAAAGAGUCCUUGAGAAAGAGUAUUCUUGCAGAGUAUUGCUGCUUUUAUUCUUAAAAAGUCUUCUUCUCCAACCACGACCGACAGCUUUUACACACACCAAACGCAACCAGCUUUCUACCAUCCAUCCAUCCAACCAACCCACACCACACACUAACAUUGACCACAGGUACCAUUUGGUGAAAGGUUGCAUGAGUCAUGCUGACAUAGUUCUUUUAGCGUUAAAGAAGCAGCGGCCAAUUUUUAGCUGUGACAGUAAGGCAGUUGUAGCCCUACAACACCUGGAGGGCCACAGGUUCCCCACCCCCGAUAACUGCCAGCAGGGCUGCUUUGCUCUCUGGUCCUUCAAAUGCCCCCCAUAUCUGCUUCAUCCUGAGAGCUGGAGGGGAAAGGCAGUGGGAGGUCAGCACGGUGCGCAUGCAGUGGCAGGAGCAGCAGAAUGGGAAGAUGGCAGCCCUGCCUGUCAAAUCUUCCAAGACAGGAAUGUGCAGGACAAGUUGGUCAGUCUCUGUUUGAUUCCCAGCAGAGUGGCAAAGGUUUUUAUCUUCAAAUAAUAAUAAUAAAAAGAUAUCUAGAAAAGGUCUGUCACUGGGAGCUCACGUUGAGUGCUGAAAGCAAACUCCUGGGCUGAGUAGCUCCUCAGAGGAACUGUUCUCCUUAAUUCUAAGUCAGAGGGGAGCGCUCAGGGGCGGAGGAAGGGGGACGGUGGGGGCAGUUUGCCCCGGGUGCCAUCACUGAGGGGGGUGACAUUUGGCGCGCCGCCCGCCCACGACUCCCAAGCCUACCCCGAGCCAUCGGGGGAAGGGGCGGAGCUGUGCUGCCUUCCUGGUGGCCUUCCCCCCCUUCCUCCUUCGUUUUGACAGCUUAGGAGAGGUUUGGGAGUUGCGGGCGGGCGGUGUGCCAUUGCCCCCCGCUCCUGGACUGCUUCCUGGGCUGUCAAAAGGAAGAGGGAAGGGAGGAAGGCUGCUGGCAAAGCGGCGCGGUUCCUUCCCCUCUUGCCCAGGAAGCAGCCUGCCAGGGGUGGCUCGUUCCGCCCUCGGGUGCGCAGCUUGUACGCCGCUCUGUGUGCCAGAGCAGCUAGCUCCACCUCUGGGAGUGCUAGUGAGUUUUGUCCUUUUCACUCAAUAUUUGACACACACACACAUUCACACUCACUAAUGUCAGGAGGGAGACAGUCUUUCCCCCAUUUGCCUGUGAAAGCCCCUUUCCCCCCAGCUUAGCUGAAAGUUCUCUUUUGAGAACAAUUGGCUCAGACCAAAUUGAUUCAGAAGUCAGUAAGUUCAUUUAUUCGAAAGUUAGCAAUUUAUAGUGGUACCUCUGGUUAAGAACUUAAUUCGUUCCGGAGGUCCGUUCUUAACCUGAAACUGUUCUUAACCUGAGGUAUCACUUGAGCUAAUGGGGCCUCCCGCCGCCGCCGUGCCACCAGAGCACGAUUUCUAUUCUCAUCCUGAGGUAAAGUUCUCAACUUGAGGUAUUAUUUCUGGUACUGAAGUGUCUGUAACCCGAGGUACCACUGUAUUAAGGAAAAGAAUGUAUUCAAAAGUUAACCAAAGCAUAUAUCUGUAAAAUAACAGUGAGCGUGUAUUUGAAGUUGCCAACCAAUAGCCUUUUUUUCUCCUCACAAAGCACCAUUAUUUUUCUAGUCCAGGAGCGGCUUACCAAGCAGAUUGCCCUGGCAAUUACUGAAGCCCUGAAGCCUGUUGGAGUGGCUGUGGUCAUUGAAGCAUCGUAAGUUCAGCUUGCCCUGUCCAGCUUGGAACUGUUGCACCACAUACACCUUCAUUGCAUUUUCCCCAUUUCCCUCUUUUGCGGGGGGCGGGUGAGUUUGCAUAUGAUCACUAUUAAAAGCACACACUAUAAACAAUGUAAGAAACCCAGCAUGAUCCUAUACUCAGGAAGUGCCAUUAAUCUCAGUACGGCUCACUCAAAGGUGAGCAAUAGGAUUACAAUCUUGCUUAGUUGCACGUUGCUGUCCACAAAACAGGUUGAAUGACCACCUAUCAUGGAUGCUUUUCUUUUCUUUUUUCAUUUCUUUUUUACUUUUCAAAUUUUACAUUUCAAAUCAAACAUCUAUUAAACCAUACAUUCAUUGACUUUCCUCCCUCCCCUUACAAGGUACAUUUAAUAUAUCCAUUAUUCCUGCUUAUUUUAAUAUACCCAUCUAAUUCUGUUUUCCUAUCUUGAAUCUCUUCAACAUAUGUUAUAUUGUUGAAUAUUACUUUAAUACUGCCAGCGUUUUCAGCUGUACACAAUUAUUUUCAAAAUAUUAGACGAGAAUUUUCCAUUCCUCUUUUAAAUACCUUUUCUUCUUAGUCUCUUAUUCUACUUGUUAGACCUGUUAAUUCUGCAUAUUAUAUCAUCUUCGGUUGUCAGUCUUCCUUUACUAAGGACUUCACUCAUUUUCCAUUUUGGGGCUAAAAUCUGAGCCGCUGUUGUUGCAUACCUAAAUAACCCACCCCCCGACUCCUGGAAACCUCUGUAUUAACAAUUCCUAACAGAAAUGCAUCCGGUUUUUUGGGGAAAGUUGUUUUAAACUUUUUCUUCAUCUCAUUAUAUAUCAUUUCCCAAUAUUCUUCAGCUGUCUGUCAUGGAUGCUUUAGCUGAGAUUCCUGCAUUGUAGAGGGUUGGACUAGAUGAAACUUGGGAUCCCUUCCAACUCUAUGAUUCUACACCAGAGAGGGGGUAGGGAUGUUAUCUCCUGUUCAUCUCCCCACUUCUGCACCCCCGCCUGAACUCCUAUUGGUGAAGCUGCCAUCUGAGCACGUGCAGCAGCUGUCCCAAUGGCACACACCUCAGCAUAACUGUGAAGGGGAAGUGGUUUUUAUUUUCAAAGUGGGCGCAAACAGCUGUGUUUCUCAAGAAACUACAGCAGGGGUCGGCAAACUAAGGCCUGGGGGCCAGAUACGGCCCACCGGGCUCGUAAAUCCGGUCCACGGACCCUGUCGCCCACUCGGUCAGUCCCUGCGCUAAACCAGCACGGAGGCCUCGCCGUGCGGUAACUGACUUCUGCUGUGCUGGCACGGCUUCAAAUUGGCUGCAGGAAGCUCCUGCUGCCAAUCCGAAGCCGUGGACGCCUCUGGGUGGGCGGUGACACUGACGCAGUUUUGGAUUGGCUGCAGGAAGCUCCUGCUGUCAAUCUGAAGCCGCGGAUGCCUCUGGGCGGCACCCCUUCCUUCCCGCUGAGGCGGCCGCAUAUGGCCAAGAGCCGAGCGGGAGGAAGCGGCGGCGGCAGGGAGGCUGUCUCCGCCACCCAGGCCAGUGGUAUGGGCUCUGUGCCCUGUGGACCUCUGGCAGAGGCAGAGGACGAUGACGACACUGCCAUAGGUGAGGCGGCGGGAGCAUGAGUGGUGGUGGGUCCUUACGGGAAGGGGGGUCCGGCCCCCCACAAGGUCCGAGGGACCGUGGACUGGCCCCCUUCUGAAAAUGUUUGCUGACUCCUGAACUAGUCAUACCUCAUGUUACGUUUGCUUUAGGUUGCGCAUUUUCAGGUUGCGUCCUGCGGCGACCCGGAAGUACCGGAAAGGGUUACUUCUGGGUUUCGCCACUCGUGCAUGUGCAGAUGCGCAAAAUGACGUCACGCGCAUGCGCAGAAGCGGCGAAUUGUGACCUGCAUGUGCACAGGAGCAGGUUGCAUUCUUUUCAGGUUGCGAACAGGUCUCCGGAACGGAUCCCUUUCGCAACCAGAGGUACCACUGUACAGGAAAGGUAGGGAUUGUGGCUGACGUCACGUGUACACGGCAUCGGACACCACCGAUGGAAGUGCACCAGAGCCAGUGUAAACAGUGUAAAGUGUAAAACAGUGUAAAAUGCGUACAGAACCAUAACUGGACUGAGUUCUGAGUAGAUAUUUAUGGGGUUGCACUGUAAAGUAGCUUGGGAGGCAUUGUAUGUCUGUGGGCAACAUUUUAAAAUUCAUAAACACCCCUGCAGUGGUAUAGCGCCAUGUGAUUUUGCAGUUUAUGUAACUCAGCAUUUAUUUAUUUUUUACAAAAAUGUGUAGCAAGCUCUGAAUUAAUCUUUGCAAUCUGACUGUUAUUUUAUUAUGUGGUUCUUGACCUUCUGAGGUUGUCAGCUGCUUUGGACAUCGUUCACCGUGGAAAAUAAACCACAAUGGCAUGGGUGUUAGCGAUUCCUGCUGCUAAUUUGAUACUAAAAAUAUACUAAAAAUGCCUCUUUGAAUGUCCCCUGGCAGGCACAUGUGCAUGAUCAUGAGGGGAGUUCAGAAGAUGAGCAGCAAAACCGUUACGAGCGCCAUGCUUGGAGUCCUGCGGGAAGAUCCCAAAACCAGGGAGGAGUUUCUCGCCUUGAUCAAGAAUUAAACGACAGCAGCUUGCGGCUCUCUGUGGGUUUGGAUCCCACACUCGAAACCAGUUGCCAAGACAUAAUUGCCUUCUGUGAGCCAGAAUCUGUGCCAUAAAAGAAGAGGAAGAAGAAGACAAAAAAAAGGUGAAAGCAAAAAAAGAGAAGAAAAUAAAUAACUGCACCACAGCUUUGUUCUCGCUUCUGGGUAACACCUUAAGAGUGUCGUUAAACAUUAGCUAGGCAGCACAAGCACCGAACUCCCAUUUUGCAGCAAAGAAAUCGGGUAUCCCUGAUACGGCAGCAUCUUGUGACAUGGUGAGCCAAGGGCCUCUUUGCACCCUGCAUCUUCUAACCCUUUGAGAACAAAGCAAGAGAUCCAUCCUCUCCCGUGCAUUUUCAUGCAUCACAAGAGUCGCACAUUUGAGCACAUAAAAUGUGAAUGCAAGAUAGGCUUAUUUGCAAAGGUGUGUUGUGUAGGUGCAUUUAGGAUUGACUGCAGUUCUCUUCAUCAGUACGCUCAGUGUAUGGUCCAGGGGUGGCCUGUUCUAGUGCAGGUAGGGGGAGCCUCAGGCCCAAAUGUGGCCCCCUAGGUCUCGUAUUUCCGGUUCUAGGAAGCCUGCCAGGCCCCUUACCCCUGGCCCUACUCCUUACUGGUCCCGCUCUGUGUCUUCCUUAGGUACUUUUGCCUUUGUGGCAUGAGAGCCUCACUUAAAAAAAGAAAAAAAAGCACAAAUACCACUCAAAAUACAUAUACCUUACAAACUUUUAUUGGUUUAAUAUUGACUGACUCGUUUUUGCUUACUCUCAG